GAAGAAAACAAAAUGGUCAGUAACAGCUACAAUUGCAUACCGUGAAGGGUAAAUAAAUGAAAAUUCAAUGGCAAUUCCGUUAUUGUUGGGAAAGUGAAGGGUAAUUGGUAAACAAUCCAUUACCACUAUGUCUUGCUUACCAGAUUCCUAUAUAAACACCUUCGUCAGCAGCUUUCUCCUCGAAGUGUCCAAACUAACUGGAAAAGAAAGUAAAGGGUAAGAUAUGGCUGACUGCUCCUCUAAACUACCAGAUUCCACUGCCGCAAUCUCCACCGUCGACGAAUACGGCGGUGCCACAUUCUCCACCGUCCAUCCAGACGUCAUUCAAACCCACAUCCUCACCCGUCUCGACGGUCCCACUCUAGCCUCCGCCGCGUGCACUUCCUCCCAACUCCACGCGCUCUCUUGCCAAGAAAAGCUCUGGACAGACAUCUGCCACUCCACGUGGCCGUCCACGACAGCGCCACGUCUCCGUCAUCUCAUCUCUACGUUCCCCGACGGUCCCCGCUCCUUCUUCUCCGAAUCCUUCCCUCCCCUCUCCGAUUUGGAACCCACCACCACCACCACCGCCUCCAACACGUGGAGGUAUCACUACCGCCCGUCGGAAUUAAUCUCGGCAGUCGAUAUUUACUACCGUGGGAAGCUCAUGUUCAGCAAAGUCGUCGAGACCGAGACCGUGAGCGGGUGGUUCCGGUGCUCGCCUUUCCGAAUUGACCUCCUCGAACCGAAAGACGUGGUUACGACGCCGAUUCGUUACCCCAACGGAGACAACGCCUGCGGUCAGCUCUCGGAGGAGUUCACGCUGAGCUGGAUCGUGAUCGACCCGAGGGGACGGCGGGCGAUGAACCUGUCAAGCCACAGACCGGUGUCCGUACAACGGCACUGGCUGAGUGGAGAGGUGCACGUGCGGUUCGCCUCGGUGCUGACCGGGGAGAGAGGAUCGUCGUCGGAGUACGUGCAGUGGGGGAUAGUGGUCACGUGCGGCGGGUCGGACAGCGGUGAUAUGCAGGUGAGGGAGGUGAGCUUGCUGGCGGAGGAUAUGGACGGAAUGCAUUUGAAUGGUGGGGAUAGUUUGGUAAUUUUGCAGAGGGCUUUGGAGGGUAAAAAGGGAAAAGGAAGGAGGAGGGAAGAGGAGGGAAGGAAAAGAUACGAAAAGUAUCUGGAAAAAAAGAGGGACAGAAAAGAAAGGAAAGUGAAGACUGAAGGGGUAUUAGAUAUGUUGUGUGCGGUGGUCGGGGUAAUUGCAUUUGCCCUUUUAUGGUUAUUCAUCUUGUGCAGAUAACAAUAAGGAAAAAUCCCAUUUUACUGAAAUAUUUCAAAUACCAUCAUGGAAAAACAUAAAUAAAUAAAUGAUAUAGCCUUGUUUA